AUGAUAGUUAGUGGUCGAGGAUGCUCUACUUUCUUGCAAAAUAAGGAGAAAAGAACAUGGUGUUAUAGGGAUUUAAUAAAGAUUAUCUGAUAUCUAAUCAUUCCUGAAAGUAUUUCGUUAUUUAAAAUUUCAAACAAUAUUCCAAUAUGCUCACCUUGCAUCUAAUACUAUUCAAUAAUAUAAAUCUCUAAUAUCAAAACAAAUUAUUAUAUUAAGGACUAAUCCAACAACAUUAUCAAUCAAAACCCGUCUAAUGUGAGUUUAUUUAUUUUUAUUUUUAUUUUUUUUACAUAAAGAAGCAAGAACACAAGAAUCAACAACAUUGUGAGCAUAGAAGAAAUCUAAAGUCUCACACAUACACUACAGACUCAAAAAAAAAAAAGGUGACUAACAUAAACCGAAACCGAAACCGAACUCGAACUAAAACAAAGCCGUUUGUCAAGUACAGUACUCCGUAACAAACAAACAACAGUCAGUCAAACACGUUGACUUUAUAAAACCCAACCACUUUCCCCUUUUUCCCUUUUCACUCACCUCCGUAUAAUUGACGGCGCAUCUCCUUUCUCUCAUGACGACUCCGUCCACCGCUAAUUUACGAAACUCUUCACCUUCUCUCUCCUACUCCACUCCUUAACCCUCAAUUUCUCGAUCCUUCUACUUUCAAUGGCAACGCUUUCGCCGCCGAUCGCCUCCAAUUUCACACCGCCGCCGGCGAAAUCAACUAAUUUCUUCUCCGGCGUCGGAAACCGAGGGUUUCGGUUGAAUUUUCCGAGAAAACCGACACGUGUCAGGAAAAGCGGGAAUUUGACGGUGUUAGGUUGUGCGGAGAGUAGAAAUCUGCCGGAGGAGAUCGAUUUGAGUGAUCCGGAUUGGAAGAUUAAGUAUGAGCAUGAUUUUGAGCAGCGGUUUAAGUUGCCGCAUCUUACUGAUGUUUUCAAGGAUCUUAAACCUAGGCCUUCUACAUUUUGCCUCAAAAUGCGGUCUCCGGUGAGUGAAGAUUUUGCAGGUGGGUAUCCAUCAGAUGAGAAAUGGAAUGGGUACAUUAACAAUAAUGACAGAGUUUUGUUGAAGGUCAUCCGCUAUUCCUCGCAAGCUUCAGCCGGUGCAGAGUGCAUUGAUCCUGAUUGUACCUGGGUGGAGCAAUGGGUACAUCGUGCAGGACCAAGAGAAGAAAUAUAUUUCAGACCCGAAGAAGUUAAUGCAGCAAUAGUUACUUGUGGAGGUCUUUGUCCAGGUCUUAAUGAUGUCAUUAGACAGAUUGUAAUCACUCUUGACAUAUAUGGUGUAAAAAACAUUGUAGGCAUUCCAUUUGGGUAUCGUGGUUUUACAGACAAGGGCAUAAAAGAAAUGCCACUUUCACGGAAAGUUGUUCAGAACAUUCACCUCUCUGGGGGCAGUUUAUUAGGAGUUUCACGAGGUGGGCCAACUGUCAGAGAAAUUGUAGACAGUAUGGAGGAAAGAGGAACCAAUAUGCUUUUUGUUUUGGGUGGAAAUGGAACACAUGCUGGUGCAGUAGCAAUUCAUAACGAGUGCCGAAAAAGACGAAUGAAGGUGUCUGUUGUUGGUGUGCCAAAGACUAUAGAUAACGACAUUUUGCUUAUGGACAAGACCUUUGGUUUUGAUACAGCUGUUGAGGAAGCACAAAGAGCCAUUAACUCUGCAUACAUUGAGGCACAUAGUGCUUAUCGUGGUGUUGGCCUCGUAAAAUUGAUGGGUCGAAGCAGUGGUUUCAUAGCAAUGCAUGCUUCCCUUGCUAGUGGCCAAGUUGAUAUUUGCUUGAUACCAGAGGUACCAUUUCAUAUACAUGGGCCACAUGGUAUUUUGAGGCAUCUCGAGUACCUACUUGAUACAAAGGGAUCAGCUGUCAUCUGUGUAGCUGAGGGAGCUGCGCUGAAUCUUCUUGAGAAAAGUAAUGCCACUGAUGCAUCCGGGAACGCUGUCUUUGGUGAUAUUGGUGUGCAUAUUCAACAAGAGAUAAAGAAAUAUUUUAAGGAGCUUGGAACAUCAGCUGAUGUCAAAUACAUUGAUCCUACUUACAUGCUUCGUGCAAUCCGUGCAAAUGCCUCAGAUGGAAUCCUUUGCACUAUUUUAGGCCAAAAUGCAGUUCACGGAGCAUUUGCUGGCUUCAGUGGAAUCACAGUGGGUUUGUGUAACACUCAUUAUGCCUACUUCCCUAUACCCGAAGUCAUAAAAUACCCACGGCUUGUGGAUCCUAAUAGCCGUAUGUGGCACCGUUGCUUGACCUCAACUGGCCAGCCUGAUUUCAUAUAAACAAUUGAUUUCAUUUUUUAACGUACAGAGCUUCCACGUCUCAGGACUCAGGAGAAACACUAACUUAUUGAGGAAACAAUUUAAAGUGGAUAUUCAUUUAGAUAAUAAGAUUGAUUGAUUUAAACACUCUGUAAUUUUUCUGCAGUAUAGCUUUUCACGCCAAUUUUUUCGAGGUGAUGAAAUAAAUUUUACUACGGAGUAGUUGUUUCGACCAAUUUGGUGUUUCAACCAAGUUGGUGUUGGUCCAGGUCAUGGAUUGUACGGAAUAUGUGUACGUUUUUUUGUUUUUGUUUUUUUUUUUUUACGGAAUAUGUGUACGUUGUACAUUACAUUUGUAAUCUUGAAUUAAUUUUUAUCAUUAUGAGGAGUGGUAACACUCAGUUUAUAGCAG